UCGUCAGACAAAUUCGUUGUCCUGGUACAUAGCAGGAACCGAGAGCGUGAACUGGAAGUUCUUGAACGACUCUGUAGCUAAAAAAACACUCGCGGAAAUGGCGUCGGCUUCUCCAUCAUCCGAAGAACAGCAGCGGCUGGAACAGCAAGUGAAGGACUGCGUUCACAAGACAAAGCUCAUUCAAUUCUUGGGACGCACCACCCCUAUCGUUCUUCAAAACGACAAUGGCCCCUGCCCGCUUCUUGCCAUCUGUAAUGUUCUUCUGCUUAGGAAUAACUUGAAUUUGAGUCCGGAUACAGUUGAAGUCUCACAGGAGAAAUUGCUUGCACUGGUUGCUGAUAGACUAAUUGAUUCCAACAGUAAUUUCAAUAAUAAGGAUGCAGGCUAUGUUGAAAAUCAACAACAGAACAUUUCUGAUGCAAUUGAUCUGCUUCCUCAACUUGCAACUGGCAUUGAUGUAAAUAUAAAAUUCAGGAGGAUAGAUGAUUUUGAGUUUACUCCAGAGUGUGCCAUUUUUGAUCUACUGGACAUUCCAUUAUAUCAUGGUUGGAUAGUUGAUCCACAGGACACUGGUACCGCUAUUGCCAUUGGGUCAAAGUCGUACAAUGCUUUAAUGGGAGAGCUUGUGGCCCUUGAAGAAGAUUGUGUUGAUUUUGUUGCUGCAACGACUGCAACCCUAGGAGUUCCUUCUCCAUGCCUUUCGAAAACUACAUCAUUUGAUGAUUCUCCACACUCACUCCCUGAUCACCAGAAAGCAAGAAAAGGAGACCUUGAAGAAGAAGCAGAGCUUUUGAGAGCCCUGGAGCUGUCUCAGGCUGCAAGGCCAACUUCAGUGGGUGAUACUCUUGUAGACAAUAUUAAUGGGGGAACUCACUCUGUUAGUUCAUAUGGAAGUGGGGACGUUAUGCCUGUAGAUUCUGUAGAUAGAUUAGAGAGGCACAUUGGUGUUGAAGACAACAAUUUGCCUAAACUGGAACCAUCUAUUUUAGAUGAUUGCAAUGCCACAAGCAAUGGCAGUGAUCUUAUAUCUGCAAAAAAUAAUACAGGGAAAGAAGCAGCUACUUCUUUCUUGAAGACUAAUGUGGGUAAUUACCUUGAUCAGUCAACUUAUGUGGAGUCUGAAGAACGUAGCCUUCACAUUGAUGUGGCUGAGAUUAGUGGUGUUGACACGUUACUCCAGAGUGGAAGUGCCCCUUCCCUUUCUCCUGGAAGAGAAACUGCAUCUUUGGAAAAGAGCGAUAUUUGUAUCUCUAGAGGGGGCAAAGAAGUUAAGCAAUCCACUUUCACAACCCAUGUUCAUGAACCUGCAGAUAAGCUAGGUGAUUGUAGCACAAAAGAAUUAUCAUACUUAUCUUCACCAAAUGCCAAUUCAGAUUUAUCUAGUGGCAGGAUUCAGCACAUCGAUGCUGCCCAAUCUUUGACUUCCAGUGUUGAUGGCAGUGAGCCCAUAUAUGAAGGAGAGGAAUGUAUAUUGGAUUCAAGAAACACAGUUCUUGAGGAACGGGAGCCUAUGUAUGAGGGUGAGGUGGUUCUUGAGAAACAAGCUGACGAAAGCACUGUAGAUACCCAUAGUGCAAGAUCUAAAGAUGAAAUUACUCCACAAGAAGGGGAGCUUAUCCAGAAUUUUUUGAAAAACAAUGCUAGCCAGUUGACCAUUAAUGGCCUUUUCUGCUUACGAGAUGGUCUUAAAGAACGUGAACUUUGUGUAUUUUUCCGUAAUAAUCACUUCAGCACCAUGUUUAAGUUUGAUGGUGAACUUUAUCUUCUAGCUACUGACCAAGGUUACAUAAAUCAGCCUGAUUUGGUGUGGGAAAAAUUAAAUGAGGUCAAUGGGGAUACUCUGUUCAUGACGGGUAACUUUAAGGAAUUCAGAGCAGAAAGUCGUGCAAAUGACACAUGGGAUGAACAUAAUGCUAUGGCCAGCACUGCUGACUAUCUUGCCAGCAUCAAUAGCUCAGCACAAGUGGGUUUGGAUGGAAAUUCUGAUCUACAAUUGGCGAUUGCUCUGCAACAACAGGAGUUUGAACAACAACCUCAGCGUUCUAAUUCACAGCAGUCAUCCAUCAGUGGAAGUUCGAGGAUGAUCAUUGGUCCCCAGGAUUCUUGGCCACAAUUUCCAGAUUAUGGGAAGUUCAUGCACUCAUUAUUUCAUGGCACAAAUCCGUGAUAGAACACUACUGAAGCUGUGAUGACCUACAUGAUGUGAAAUCUUUGUGUAGAUUAUUAUAACUUUGUUGAACUUGUUCAACGGAACUUUUUCUUGCCUUGAUCUCUCAUACAAAUACGGUGGGGCAAUACCUUUUUAAUUUUUUAAAAAGAUGUUCAAGAACAAUACAUUUUGAUAUGAAGUCGUUGAUGUUAUAAAAUCACGCACUUGAUUAUCAUUAGUAGUCAAAAUUCAUGCAUUUUCUUUCCGAUUUUUAUUUGUUAUGAGAUUAUGUUUUAUCCUAUUCAGUUGAGUAUAUUUCUGCUUGUGGCUGAGAUGGUGAAGUAGAGACAAAACAUUUGAAAUUUAGAGAAUUUUUUUUGGCCAUCACGUAUUUGCAUCUUGUUUCACGAAUAUCAUCAUUCCCUGCAAUCAACCAGAGCAUGAUUGCUAUGCUCUACAUAGAUUUCCCCUCAUGACUGCAAGCUACAAAUUAUUGCCUUGACUAAUGGCUUUUGGCAGGUGCCAAGAACGACUGGCAGGGACUCGGACUCGUCCUCGUCCUCCAGACCUGAAGCAAAAU